AUGCAUUAUGUUAUUACAUCAAGUCAAAAAACGUUGUAUUCAAAAAAGACAUGUAUACUAAGAAUACAACAUCUUGAACGCACUUCUAACACUUGUUCCACUUUUGGAAGACCCUGCGUUAUAUCACCAGAUCUUGAUUUUUCAUAUAUAAAUGUAACUAUUGUAUCCCCUUCGGAAAGGAUUUUUCCGUACUGGCCAUGA